CAGGUGGCGGUAAUGCAACGAUUGUCGGUUUUUCUUGAAGAACAAGAAGAACCUCCUCUGAACCUUAGCAACAUCUGGGCAUUUGUGGACCACCGCAGAACUUCUAAAUAAGAGAGCGCGACAAAACACUGAAAACAGAGCAACAUGUGUGCCGACAGAAGCUGGUCAGCCGAAGAGGAGCAGUCCUCGAAGUUGGUGCGGAAAGCGAAAGAGUCGCCGUUUGUGCCAAUCGGCAUGGCUGGGUUCCUCGGAGUCGUUGCGUAUGGACUGUAUAGGCUGAAAGCCAGAGGUGACACCAAAAUGUCCAUCCAUCUGAUUCACAUGCGUGUUAGAGCACAGGGUUUUGUGGUCGGAGCCAUGACGCUGGGUGUGAUUUACUCCAUGUAUAAAGAGUACCUGGCCCCGAGAGAUUCUGAAGAGAAGUGAGCUGGGAGUCACUCUGCAGAGCUUCUGAAGAUCUGAAAUAGUUUAUCUAGAUUUGUUCACACAGAAAACAACAGGAAGCAGUUAAACUGUUGGACAGUAAGUGCAGAUGACAAACGGGAACAAAGGCACUACAACCUGACUACCAUUAGGACCAGGUGGUGUUAAUUAUAAUUAUGGUUAUAAUUAUUUAUAGUGAUUAGAACUAUUUUAAUGCAGAUUAUCUUACACAUUUGGGACAUCAUUUUCUAUUUAUGUGAGAGUAUUUCGUUUCUGAAGUAUAUGUAAAGUAUAUAUUGUAUGUGCGCUCCUGGUCAAAUGACAUGUUUUGGUUGAUUUUAAAUAAAGUAAAAAUAAGCUCUACAGGGAACACACGUCUGCACAGUUUAAUGUAAUAUUACUGUUUAUUUACUCAAUGUGACAUAUAG